AUGUGUACUCCUUCUGUUGAUAACCCAGAGAGGCAGGUCUUACCUACCAAUGUCAAGCCUACUCACUAUGAUUUGACCCUUCAGCCUAAUCUGACCACUUUUGAAUUCCACGGUGUCGUUAAAGUCAACUUGAAUGUUAAUCAAGAUACAACCAAGGUUACGCUUAAUACGCGUGAUAUCAAGAUAAAGUUUGCUUUCUUGUCUACUGAAGGUCUUAAAACCGAGUCAAAACAAGCUGCUAUUGAUAUCUCUUAUGAUGAAAAGAAAGAUUUGGCUUUCUUGACAUUUCAAGAUUCCGUCCCUGCUGGUUCAAAAGCUGUUCUAGAAGUCCACUAUGAAGGUGAACUGAAUGAUCAAAUGGCCGGUUUCUACAGAUCAUCCUACAAAGAUGCCGAUGGAAACACUCGUUACUUGGCUACCACUCAAUUUGAAUCUACUGAUGCUCGUCGAGCUCUCCCUUGUUGGGAUGAGCCUAGCUUGAAGGCUACCUUUGACGUUACCUUGAUCGUACCUUCUCACCUCGUCGCUCUCUCCAACAUGGACGUAAUUUCUGAAGAAGCUUUUGACGAUAAAGACAGUUUGCACGGCAAAACCCAAGGUAAAGUAGAAGGCAAGACUGAAACUGGCAAGGUAGAAGGAAAAACCGAAUCUACUACUCUUUCCUUGAAGCAAGUCAAAUAUGCUACCACUCCUCUUAUGAGUACUUAUCUCUUGGCUUUCUGUAUUGGCCCUUUUGAAUACAUUGAAGCAUAUACAAGUGGCGAACAUAACGGUCGUCCCAUCCGUUCUCGUGUUUACACCUUGCCUGGAUCUGUUGAACAGGGUCGUCACGCAUUGAACGUCUGUACCCUUGCUCUCGAAUACUUUGCCAAGGUGUUUGGUGAACCCUACCCAUUAUCCAAGGUGGACAUGAUUGCCAUCCCUGAUUUCGAAGCUGGCGCCAUGGAGAAUUGGGGUUUAAUCACUUACAGAACUGUUGCACUGCUCUUUGAUGAAAAAUCAUCUUCUAUUUCUUUCAAGAAGAGCACUGCCUACACCGUCUGCCACGAAUUAGCACAUCAAUGGUUCGGUAACCUGGUCACCAUGGAAUGGUGGGAUCACUUAUGGUUGAAUGAAGGUUUUGCUACCUGGGUUGGCUGGUUAGCUGUCGAUGAAAUCUUCCCUGAAUGGGAGGUUUGGACUUCUUUUGUAAACAAUGAUAUGCCCAGAGCUCUCAGUUUGGACGCUCUUCGCUCAUCUCAUCCCAUUGAAGUCGCUGUCAAUGAUCCCGCUGAAAUCCACCAAAUCUUUGAUGCCAUUUCCUACUACAAAGGUGCUAGUGUCAUUCGUAUGUUGAGCUCCUGGUUAGGUAUUGAUACCUUCUUGGCUGGUGUCAGACGCUACCUUCGUCGUCACAAACUGGGUAAUGCUUCCACAGGUGACUUGUGGGCUGCUUUGAGCGAAGAAGCUAACCAAGAUGUAUCUCAAUUCAUGACAUUAUGGACCAAGCGCAUUGGAUAUCCAGUUCUUACUGUCAAGGAGAAGGGCGAGGGUGUUAUCAAUGUCACCCAAUCCCGUUACUUGUCUACCGGAGACUUAACCGAAGAAGAAGACACAACUGCUUGGUGGGUACCUCUUGGUGUCCUUGUUCCUGGCAAGGUUGAAUCCUUUACCUUGACAGAAAAGUCUCAAGACUUCACUAUCCCAUCCAAUGGAUUAUUCAAGUUGAACGCUGGUCAGACCGGUGUUUACCGUGUCAAUUACCCUAUUGAAGUAAUUCGCAAGUUAAGUGAAGAAGUCAAGAAGGGAUCCAACGGACUUUUGACAAACACAGCUGAUCGUGUCGGCUUACUCUCUGAUGCCGGCAACUUGUGCGUCAGUGGUCUGCAAAGCACUACUGCCUUCUUGGAACUCGCUCAAGCCUUUGUAAAUGAAGAAAAUUACUUUGUCUGGUCACAAUUAAGUAGCCAUCUUUCCAAGAUUCUUUCUGUCUGGAGUGAACAACCCAAAGAGAUUAAAGAUGGACUCAAGGCUCUUCGUCGUAGCUUGUUUGCUCCUGUAGCCCACAGACUUGGCUGGGAAUUCCAUGAGAAGGAAGACUACCUUAUCAGUGUCUUGCGUGUUCUUGCCAUCACUAACGCUGGACGCUCCAACGAUGCCCAAACAGCUGAAGAAGCCAAGAGACGUUUCUGGCAAUUUGUUGAAGGCAAUACCGAGGUACUUCAUCCAAACCUUCGUGCUCCUGUUUAUGACAUUGUCCUUUACACCGCCGAAAGCGAAGAAGAAGAAGAAAAGGUCUGGGAACACAUCCUGAAGAUUUACCGUGACGAAUCCUUGCCUACUGACCAACGCUUGACCGCCUUAAGCGCACUUGGUGGUACCAAGCACAAGGGACUUAUUCAAAGAUAUCUCGAUAUGAGUUUGGAUGAAAAGGAAGUCAGAGGUCAAGACCAAUUCUAUGUCUUUGGUGCACUCUCUUCUAACCCUGAGGCUCGUGAAAUUCUCUGGAACUUCUUCAAGCAAAACUAUGAUCUUCUCUAUGCUAAGUUCUCUAAAUCUCUCAGCUUAUUCGGUUCUGCCGUUCGUUCUACUGUCGGUGGCUUCGUUUCUUAUGAGCGUAUUGCUGAUGUCGAAGCCUUUUUUGCUGACAAGGAGACAAAGGAAUAUGCACGUUCACUGCAGCAAGCCUUGGAAACUGCUCGUGUGAAUACUAAAUGGAUUGAAAGAGAUCACCAGACUGUGGCCGAAUGGGUCCAUGAAAAUGCAAAGAACUUUGCUUAA